CCGGAGGAGGAGACGCGCCGGGGAUGCGCUCGCCGCCGGCCGCUUGUGCAUUAGCAGCGGGCGGGGCGCCGGCCCCCUUCCCCAUGGAGCGGGGCUGCUGAGCCGCUGGGCCGGGCCAUGGUGGCCGCCGCCCCCGCUGCCGCCGCGGCGAUGAGGAAAAGCUUCCUGGUGCCCGAGAUCAAGCCCCUGGAUCAGUAUGACUUCCCUCGGGCGCGCAGCGCCGCCAGCCUGGCCUGGGCGCUGGCCAAGGGCUACGGGGGCGCAGAGAACGUGCCGGAGGAACUGCGCGACCCCUUCUACACAGACCAGUAUGAGCAGGAGCACAUCAAGCCGCCCGUGACACGCCUGCUGCUCUCCUCAGACAUUUACUGCCGGGCCUGCCGCCAGGUGCUGCCCCCUGACGAUGCAGCCGCGCCCGCCCCCAAGGACAACGCUGCCUUGCUGGCGCUGCUGGGGCGCCGUGGCCUGGCCCCCACCUACCAGGACAAGGCCGUCAAGGAGGCUGACCUGCGCCAGAAACCCAUCAAGAUGGGCGCACACCUAGCAGUGAUCGACUCCCUGAUGAUAGCCUUUGCUGUGGAAUCCACCCUCUCACUGAGUGCCCCCCCUGGCACCGACCUUGGCGCCAGCUCCUGGGAGCAGAAGCUCCUCUGCUGGGUGGACACGGUGAACCGCAAGCUGCAGGAGAGCACAGAGCGUGAGGGCUCGCAGCAGCCAGCGCCUGGCACAGAGGGCCAGGGCCAGUCCCCAGCAAGCGGCCCCAAGCAUGCCAUCGCUUUUUGUUUGAAGGAGUCGGGGAGUAAACCUCCUGUGAUCCGGUACCGGAAGGACAAGGUGCUGCCCAAACAGACGCCCUGCUUCACACCCGUCAUGGGCAUGAAAGACUUGGCCAACGGGGGUGCCAUUGCCGCCACCAUCCACUAUUACUGCCCUGAUGUGGUGCGUCUGGAGGACGUGUGCCUGAAGGAGACCAUGUCGGUGGCCGACAGCCUCUACAACUUGCAGCUCAUCCAGGAAUUCUGCACUGAGUACCUGGGCAGCUGCUGCCCUCUGGCACUGGAGGACCUGCUCUAUGUGCCCCCAGUGCUAAGGAUCAACAUUGGGGUGUUCCUGGCUGAGCUCUUCCUGUGCUUCGAGGUGCUCAAGCCGGACUUUGUGCGCCCCAAGGAGCUGAGGGGACUCAAAGAUCCGCCUUCAAUGAGCGACUCCCUGACGCCCAGCAGUGGGAACAGCAAUAGUGGUUCCCCGGUGUUCAGCUUCCUACACCCGCUCCUGCCAGGCGGGCAGCCGCAGUCCCCGCUCAGAGGCUCGCUAGGUUCCAUGCACCACUCUACCUCAAUGUCCCAUGUGGAGGGCGGAUUUGGCAAACCCUGGAGCAAGAAACAGCUGAGCCAUCCGCUGUCACAGGCCGUGUCAUUUAGCAUCCCCUUUGGGCUGGACAGUGACGUGGACAUUGUGAUGGGGAACCCCGUGGGCAUGCUGCGCUCCAUCAGCUCAGACAGCUUGGCACCUGUGCCCACCCGCUUGGCCCGCUCCCCUGGCCCCCUCCCUGAGGACGCUGCCCAGCGGCUGGCCAAGGACGAGGCCCCCAAUGGGCUGGUGGCGCCACACCGGACAGUGCACAAGGUGGCGCUGUCUGCCAAGGGGGUUGUGGAGCGCGAGGGCCCCCCCGUGGAGAACGGGCUGGCGGACGGGUACCCCGACCUGCCCACCAUUGAGGAGGCCCUGCAGAUCAUCCACAGCAGCGAGCGCCUGCACCCCGAGGGGGCGGCCGACGGCUUCUACCUGCAUUCGCCAGAGCCAACCAAGCCCACCCCGGCACCCGAGCCCACGCCAGCACUGGCUGUCUACCGCUUCCACAGCGGGCCCCCCAACGGGCGUGCUGAGGGCCCCACCCCCCCUGGGGACGGCAGCUUGGACUCGGACGCUGAGGACCCUGCCCGCCUGCCUGGCACCAAGGACGACACCUCGUCGGGCCUGAGCUCGCUGAGCUCCCAGCCCGACAGCGCAGGCUCCUCCGGUGCUGGCGUGCGCAUGACCAGCUUCGCCGAGCGCAAGAAGAAGCUGGUGGCCCCCGAGGGCAAGGCCUUGCAGAAGAGCACCGGUGAGAGCUCGGAGGCAGGCGCCGUGCCCCCUGAGGACAGUCCUGGCCGCAGCCCUGCCCUGAGCUCCGAGAUGAGCCAGCUGGGUGCCCGGCUGGAGGAGAAGCGACGCGCCAUUGAGGCGCAGAAGAAGCGCAUCGAGGCCAUCUUUGCCAAGCACCGCCAGCGUCUGGGCAAGAGCGCCUUCCUGCAGCUCAAACGCAGGGAGGGGGGAGAGGAGGAGGAGGAGGAGGGGGAGGCCAAGCUGUCGCUGGAGGAGCGGCUGGCCCGGCUGGAGGCAGAGGAGGACGCGGGCAGCCUGCAGGUGCAGGCUGAGGAGGAGGGGCCAGGCCAGGGCCGCCUGGAGAAGCAGGUGACGUUCUCGCCGGAGAUCAAGGGGGCCCCACUGGACGAGAACCUGGGCGAUUACAACCGGGCCGUGGCCAAGCUGAACACGGCGCUGAGCUCCCUGCAGCUGGACAUGCACCGCCUGAGCCAGCAGCAGCAGCGCCUGCUCCAGGAGAAGAAGCCCAGCCAGGCCUGGGUCAUCCCGGCCCCCAAGGGCCCCGCCCCACGGGCCAGCCGGGAAUUCGUGCCACCCCGCUCCGUGGAGCUCUCGUCCUCUUCGCCCUCGCCUUCCCCCUCCCGUAAGCCCCCUGUCCCCGCUGCGCCCCGCUCGCCCCAGCCAGCCCCCAAGAAGGCUGCCCCCACGCCUCCCAAGAGUCCCAAGCAUGCCCGGCCUGUGGAGCUGAAGCUGCCUCCCCUGACGCGGGUGCUGACGCCCCCCCACAACGUGGACACCCUGCCCCACCUGCGCAAGUUCUCACCCAGCCAGGUGCCCAUGCAGACCCGUUCCUCCAUCCACUUCUCGGAGGAGGUAGCUGGGCCGGAGCAGACACUUGAGUCCCCUGAGCUGGAGACCCAGGGCAACCUGCGCCCUGUGGCCUCCGUGGUGCCGCAGGGCGGGAUGGGCAGCGCCCGGGUGUCUGGGGACGGCACCAGUGAUGUGUCCUCGCCGGGCGAGCGGCGGAGCAGCCUCAUUGAGAUCCCACUGUCCAGCCUCCAGGCUGAGGAGGGUGACGGGGACGACUCGCUGGAGGAGUCGCUGACUGAGGUGAUGGAUGCGGAGCCACGGGCUGGCCUGGGAUUCUUCUUCAAGGAUGACGAGAAGCCGGAGGACGAGAUGGCCCAGAAACGGGCCAGCCUGCUGGAGCGCCAGCAGCGGCGCAAUGAGGAGGCGCGGCAGCGCAAGCAGUGGCUGGAGGCUGAGAAGGAGCAGAAGGAGGAGGCAGCCAGGCUGCAGACAGAGGAGCGCCCACGGCCGGAGGAGGAAGCAAGCCCGCGGCGCGGUGACUUCACACGCCAGGAGUACCUGCGGCGCCACCAGCUGAAGCUCAUGGAGGACCUGGACAAGGUGCUGCGGCAGAAGCCAACCACGGUGCGCGCCCUCAAGAAGGGACGGCCCAAGACGGUGUUCUGUGACGACUCGGCCCUGGCCCGCAGCCCGGUCAAGGGGCUCCUCGGAUCCAGGCUCAGCAAGGUGUACUCCCAGUCGACCCUGUCCCUCUCCACCGUGGCCAACGACCCUGGGAACUCACUGACUGUCAAGAGACCCUCCAGAGCCGCCUCCCCCUCAGGCCUGAUGUCCCCCAGCCGGCUGCUGGGCAGCCAGAGCCGUGAGCGGGACUGGGAGAAUGCAUCUACUGCCUCGUCGCCUGCCUCUGUGCCUGAGUACACAGGGCCCAAGUUGUAUAAAGAGCCAAGCGCCAAGUCCAACAAGCACAUCAUCCACAAUGCGCUGUCACACUGCUGCCUGGCUGGCCGCGUCAACGAGCCCCACAAGAACAAGAUCCUGGAGGAGAUGGAAAAGAGCAAGGCCCAUCACUUCCUGAUCCUGUUCCGAGACUCCAGCUGCCAGUUCCGAGCGCUCUACACACCGGCAGGGGAGACAGAGGAGCUGAUGCGCUUGACGGGCUAUGGUCCCCGCACCAUCAGCCAGGCCAUGAUCGAGGGCAUCUACAAGUACAACUCGGACCGCAAGCGCUUCACCCAGAUCCCUGCCAAGACCAUGUCCAUGAGCGUUGAUGCCAUCACCAUCCAGGGCCACCUCUGGCAGACCAAGAAGCCAGGCACCCCUAAGAAGCCAGGCACCCCUAAAUAACCUCUCCUGGCCUCUCUGAGCUGAGCUAAUCCUUCACACAGCUGCUGCUGCAGGACACGUGUGCCCAGGCAGGGCCCAGCAAGGCAGGGGAAGGGCUUAUCCUGGGAACUGCCAAAUACACUAAAACUAUGGGGUCAAAGGGCACAGGGGAGAGAACUGACUUGGUAAGGCCUGGCCCUGCCCCUAACCUAUGCUGAGGGGAGGGGCUAGGUGCCCCUAGGCUGGCUACUCUGCUCUCUGCACCCCCCCCCCCACCAUCUGAAUGUCAGACUGCACCCCAGGGGCAUGUCUCUCCCCCUCCCUCCAUGAGGUGUGGAUCAGGGCCUGGCCCCUGGGCUGUGUACAUUAUACAUAACUAUACAGAGAUUGAGCUAUUUAAAUGAUUUUGCAAUGAUUUGUAUAUAGUGAGUUGCAUUUGAUAAGCGGGAUGGGCAGGGGGGAGGGACAAUGGGUGGAGGUGGGGGGUGUCUGUCUCUUCCUUCAUGUCUUGUCUAUUUUGUAUCUUCUGAGCUUCUGCCACAAUUGAAUUCUGUGUUGAAUUUUCCCCCUUGCAGGAAGGGUGCUGGGCACAGGACUGGGCACCAUGGACCCGGGGGGG